AGAGGUAGGUGGUGCUGUUGCCGCGACAUCUUCCUCAUUGGCGCCGCGCGGAGAGGCGGAAUGUUCAACUCCUGACUCCGGCGGAAGCGUGGGAGCCGCGCGGGCCGCCGUCCCCGAUCCCCGCCGCCUCUCGCACCGGGCCCGGGAGUAAGAUUUUGUGGACGUUUCCUACUUUGUCAUUAUGAGAUGUCGUCUCUCGGUGCCUCCUUUGUGCAAAUUAAAUUUGACGACUUGCAGUUUUUUGAAAACUGCGGUGGAGGAAGUUUUGGGAGUGUUUAUCGAGCCAAAUGGAUAUCACAGGACAAGGAGGUGGCUGUAAAGAAGUUACUCAAAAUAGAGAAAGAGGCAGAGAUCCUGAGCGUCCUCAGUCACAGGAACAUCAUCCAGUUUUAUGGAGUGAUCCUGGAACCUCCCAACUAUGGCAUUGUCACAGAAUACGCUUCCCUGGGGUCCCUGUAUGAUUACAUCAACAGCAACAGGAGUGAAGAGAUGGACAUGGAACACAUCAUGACCUGGGCCACCGACGUAGCCAAAGGGAUGCAUUACUUACACAUGGAGGCUCCAGUCAAGGUUAUCCACAGAGACCUCAAGUCAAGAAACGUUGUUAUCGCUGCUGACGGAGUGUUGAAGAUCUGUGACUUCGGUGCCUCUCGGUUCCAUAACCACACAACACACAUGUCCCUGGUUGGAACGUUCCCAUGGAUGGCUCCAGAAGUUAUCCAGAGUCUCCCUGUGUCUGAGACCUGUGACACGUAUUCCUAUGGCGUGGUUCUCUGGGAGAUGCUAACAAGGGAGGUCCCCUUUAAAGGUUUGGAAGGAUUACAAGUAGCUUGGCUCGUAGUGGAAAAAAACGAGAGAUUAACCAUUCCAAGCAGUUGCCCCAGAAGCUUUGCUGAGCUGCUCCAUCAGUGUUGGGAAGCUGAUGCCAAGAAACGGCCAUCGUUCAAGCAAAUCAUUUCAAUCCUGGAGUCCAUGUCAAAUGACACGAACCUUCCUGACCAGUGUAAUUCGUUUUUACACAACAAGGCGGAGUGGAGGUGUGAAAUUGAGGCAACCCUUGAGCGACUGAAGAAACUAGAGCGCGACCUCAGCUUUAAAGAGCAGGAGCUCAAAGAACGGGAGAGACGCUUGAAGAUGUGGGAGCAGAAGCUGACCGAGCAGUCCAACACCCCGCUUCUCUUGCCUCUCUCUGCAAGAAUGUCUGAGGAGUCUUACUUUGAAUCUAAGACAGAGGAGUCAAACAGUGCAGAGAUGUCAUGCCAGAUCACGGCAGCAAGUAACGGGGAGGGCCAUGGCAUGAACCCCAGUCUGCAGGCCAUGAUGCUCAUGGGCUUUGGGGAUGUCUUCUCAAUGAACAGAGCAGGAGCUGUACUGCAUUCUGGGAUGCAGAUAAACAUGCAAGCCAAGCAGAAUUCAUCCAAAACCACGUGUAAGAGGAGAGGGAAGAAAGUCAACAUGGCCUUGGGGUUCAGUGACUUUGACUUGUCAGAAGGUGACGAUGAUGACGGUGACGGUGAGGAGGAGAAUGACGUGGAUAAUAGUGAAUGACAGCAGAAGGGAAUAAGGUGGAAAUGUUUUGUUUUGUUUUGUUUUAGAAGAACAGAAGAAAUGUGUUAUCUCAGUCUGUGCAAAAAAUGCAGCUUAGGGAGGCAGAGCCCCCAGCACCGUGCCUGAGGCUGAGCUUAUUGAGGGGAGGGCGCUUUCCUCAUCAGUGUGACUUUGCUUUUGCGGUCAGAAAAGGGCGGGGAAUUUAAGCUAAAGGCGUAUUUAUCAGCGAGUGCGGUGCCUGGUUAUAGAAAUACAUGAUCACAUACAUAUCGUGUUCUUGAGCUAAUGACAUGUGGGCUUUUUUUUUUUUUUUAAAGCACAUGCUUUGUAGUUUGUAUUUGACUGUAUUUAAUCCUUUCACUCUGUUGGUUUUAAAAAAAAAAUGUCCAUUUUGAGCAAGCACUCUGCUCCCGACUGCACUCUGACACUCGAUCCUUUCCCAGCACACCAAGGUUCUUUCCUUGUACGGUACAUUCUAAUGGCAGAGGUGAUUGGCAACUCUAAAAUCCAGGGGGGGAAAAAACCUGAGAUGAGAUGAAAGAAGAUUAUAACAAAAUGCCUCUUCAGAAAUACCUAAAUGCCAAGAAUUUUCAAUGCCAAAUAGCCCACAGCUCCUCAAAGUAAAACCAGAGUGGUGUUCUCAGUAGUAACAUUUGCAGGAGAAAUACUUUGGUUUGAAGCAGGCAGCAGAGGACAUUACAAGCUUGCAUCCCCGUGCUGGCUGGAAGCAUCCUAACAAGAGCACACUGUCACCCUAGGCUUAGCUUGUCCUUCACACAGAAUCACAUGGUCCCAAAGGGACGUGUCUAGUCAUGAACAGGAUGAGCACGAGCCUGCUCUUUACUUGUGAUAAAGACACUCUGUCUCUUUGUUUUCCAGAGGUGCAUAAUAAUACUACUAGAUUUUAAUCUAUGUGUAGAACAAAACACUCUAAAUAGGAAAGAUAAAGUAUCCUUCUUAGACACAAGCACAUUCUGAAGGGGUCUCUCUGUUACAUGUAGCCUCCCCUGACACAUCCACUUUCUUUUCUUUGCACUGUUCUCUAUUAUGCUAGUUAGAGAAAUAGAUUCAGGUACUUACUAUGAAACCCAGGCUACCCAGAGACACUAAGAAGACUAGCACUAGCAACCAAAACUUAUUUAAAAUAUAAACUCACGUAAAAAUUACAACUAGGGCCAGAGGGUGGAGCCAAUUAAGCAUUCUUCCCCAGCCCCUCCCCCCUCCCUCCCUAUUUGACUCAGGUCUGCCCUGAGUUUCUUGGGGGUGCACAUCCAGAUUCAACCAUCAUCCAUCAUGUCAAUAAAGCCGUUUUGGAAACAAAAAAAAAAAAAAAAUUACAACUAGAUAAAGUUAAAGCAAAAGUUUUUAUCAAUCUAAUUCAGAAAUUGGUGUCAUUCAUUUGACAAUGAAAGUUAAAUACUUUUGGUGGGCUUUUUUUUUUUUUUAUAUAGAAGCUAUAAUAGCAGGUGGGCAAAGUAGCUCAUGUCCAUAAUCCCGGCCCUCAGAGGCUGAGGCAGGACAAUAGUGGGUUUAGUAUUAGCUAUGUUGCAAGACUAUGUAUGAGCAACGUUGCAAGACUCUAUCUGAAGAAAUGAGUCGAUAUCAUCUACUGUUGUUUCUAAGUAUGUUUGGUCAUGAAGUCUUUUGGAAUCCAAGCUAUGACAGGCCUCUAAUCCUCAGUGAGGACUGAAAAGUAGCAUCAAAAAUGAAAAGCAUGUGCUACAACUUUAUCUGGGAAGAAAUAACUAGUGGAAUGUUCUGGAUAUCUGUUUGCUGUGCAGUCACAGGUAGACUAUUUAAUCUCUGAACCUGACCCUUUGUUACCAUGACAGGAAUGUUAACACACUCCAAAGAGAAAGGCUCAGAAGGAAAGUAAGUAACCAUGUAGCAUAGCACCAGGCCAUGGCAGGGGCCAGGUAGCACAAGCUAUGGUUAAUUGCCAACCAAGUAAAGGAGACACUGAGAAGUGAGUUCUGUAACCUUCUGGGCCACUAAACUAUCUAUUGCAAGUGACACUGGCGCAGAAGUAUGAAGUUAAAAGUAGAUAGCUUUCAUGAAAAAUAAAGAGAGCAAUUCUUAGAAUGUAAAACGCAAAAACAGUUUAAUUCAGUUGGUCUUGGAGCCUGUGUACCAUGGCAGAUCCACACGCACUGGGUGCCUAAGAAGAUGGGCCCCCCCUCACACCCAUCCUGCUGGAAUCCUCUGCAUAUGCAUACUCCAGACAUGUAGUCAGGCUGCCUAAACAGAAAGUCUUGGAGGGAGCAGAAAGGAUGCCUAGCAACUGAUUUCCCAGCAUGCCUGUGAGCACCUGAAGGAGACAGUGGCAGGUACAGGAGCCUGCCUCUUGCACACCUGCCCAGGCAAAAAUAAAGCCUCCUGUUCAACAAGCCUUCACUGGGACCAUUUAUCAAGUUCUAGAGAACAGCAAGGUGAUAGCCUUUGCACUCCUGGAGCAUGCAUGCUAGUGAGCAUCACAGAAUGGCAGGAUUCCCUAAGUGCGUGCUAGACAUGGAAGCAAGGAAGGAAGAUGGGGCUAGAGGGAGAAGUCUUAAAAGCAUGCUCAGGAAAGGCCCUCUGUUACAUGAUGAUGUAAUGUUUGCACAGAGCCCAAGAAGGCGAAGGGACCUCUGUGAGUGGCGAGGUCUGCCCUGUAUGUUAGAAUGUAAACUUCACCGCCCUCUAAUUAAGAGUUGGUUUAGAACACAUAUGCGGCGUGGAAAUAAUGCAUUUCCUAAAUUAAUACCCGAUUCAUAUUCUAUAUAAAAAUUUUAGUGCACUAAAAAUCAGCCAAAUAGUGCCAGUAGGGGAAAGUUACUGCAUUCUGUGCCCAGACUAGCUUGACCCUACCCCGGCACAUCUCGGAGGGAGCAGAAAGGAUGCCUAGCAACUCCUGAUUUCCCAGCAUGCCGUGAGCACCUAAAGGAGACAGUGACAGGUACAGCCUUUACCUCCCAUCUCCUACCAACAUUGCAGCCCAUGUUCACAGCUCAGUACUGUCAUAAAGAAACCACGAGACUUAGGAUAGAGCAGAAUGAACCUCAGGGAAAAGCUUCCAACUGCUCUAUCUAGAACCACAGAAUAUGUCAUUGGGCAUUGUACUUCUGCUCAAAUUAAGUGUUCAUCUAGUGGCUUUAAAAUGUGCAGACAUACCUAAACCUGACUCAUAUCAACAAGACCCAUAGAGUUCUUGCACCUUCUGUAAAAUAGACUAGAAAACUUUAGAUUCGGUUAAUUUUAUAAGAAAUGUCUAUUAGCAACAUGAAGAAUUUCUCAUGCUAACGUCAAAGGUCUAACUUACUUCUUAGAUCGGUUUUGGAAAUGGUCAAUUAUCAGUGUUAGAUUUUGUUCCAAUGACCCGACUUACAAAGGAACACAAUUCAACAGUUAAAGAAAUCCUGAAAAAAAAAAAAAAGUAAAGGUUCAGAAUGAGAAUUAGAACUAAAGAUUGUGGUAAUGGGACACUUUAAAACAUUUCUUUCUUUACUCGUAAAGCUAACAUGUAGAAUUUGAGGACAUCUACAGUGGUUCUCAGCUGGGAGGUCACAUGACCUUGGCCAGCCUGCAUUUACAGUAGACUGAUGGCAUCCUGCUUGCCAGGGACAGCCCCACCCUGCAAAGGUUUUUCUCCACAAUCUCCAUAGCAUUGUCCUGUCUCCACUGUGAAGCUCAUUAAACCUGACAUCUGCUAGUCCAUCUCUAGUUUUUUCCCCAGACAAAAUCACCCACGCCUUUUCAGAACAAUAAGGACACCUUCUGCAUGUUAUGAAGCUGUAGCUUUUUCUCCAGCCACUGUUUGUGGUUGAUUUUUUCUUCCCCCACCCCCUUAAGGUUGGUUGUUGGAAUACUAUGACGUUAUUGCAUCCGUGCCCCAUUACAGUAACUCCCCAGUAAUACAGCCUUGACGGACUUGCUGUCCUUCUGCAGUCAUUUAAAGGGAAUUUUUCCUAACUUUUUUUUCUUUUUAAGCAAAAUCACAUUUUAAUGUUUCACAAAUAGCCAAUGGGGUAAGGUUGAAGACACCUGGCAUGCUGCUCUCGAUGCUCUGAAAAUGCUGAAGGCUGUUUGUGGUUUUUUUUAAACCAGUGACUUUUUUUUUUAACAUGCAGUGAGUUUGUUAGACUUUGAACACCAGCUGAGGUAUUCACACCUGAUCCCCAUUGAAAUCAAAGGGACUAGGGGAAGGGGUGGAGUCUAGGAGAGACUCAGACCCAUUUCCCUUCCAGUUACCAUGCAUGGAUAUAACUUUAGUUUUCAUUAGCAUGCCAAGAACUUUAUGAAAGAUGGCCUUAAAACCUAGUCCAAGUUAAAUGUCAAUACUUUGAAAACGAUUUUUGUCACACUAGACUUGGGCAGCCAGCCUUGUGAGCCUCACUGUUCCACAGUACACAGUAAGAUGUAACUCUUUCUAUAACCAGGUAACUUCCGCUGCUUUCAAGUAAGACCCAUUUUCCUUUGUAGACUGUAACAUGGCAGCAGAGGCUCCACCCUGCUGGACGUAGCCCAGCCUGACAGCUGUCAGUAGGCACAGCAUUCUGUGGUUGAAAAAUGAAUGUCUAUCAGGAAAUCCGGGACAGGCCAUGUUUUCUCAGACCCCAACUUUGUGGGCACUCUGUUGCUUGUGUGAGAAACUUUCUUGGCAUGUAGAGAAUUAUUUCAAACUAGAGUUCAGGCACCAAUGCAACUGUUUUUAUAGCGUGUGCAGAACACUCUUUGCUCCGACACCACAUAUUGCUUCUGCACUCUGAAAACCUGCUAUCAGAAAGCAUUUCUAUCCUUGAAGUGUGAGCUUUCAGUAGGAGGCUUCAUCACUGUGUUUGCAUAACAAUCUUCUCCCCCUCCACUCCAUUGCCAUGUCUCAUGCCAAAUGCCAUGUACAAUGUCUGUAUGGAAGAUUAAACUGCGCUCCUGUGUGGUGAGGCUGUUUAGUUGCCGACUUCAUAGUGGAAUCUGAUAUUCCGGCACCGAGUCCACAAUGUAUUCAAAAAUCCAAGUUGGCGUCGUACAUUUCAUUCUGAUGUGAACUUUUCUCCGCUUUCCUUUGUUCUAAGACUCCAUUUUGCAAUAAACGUUUUGACAGUAAA